AUGUCACUGUCAAGACACUGCUUUCUAAUUUUUCUCCUAAUAAUCCUUUUCAAUUCAUCUCACCUUCAAAGAAUUGUAAAAAGCUUAUCUCCAAUAAGAAUCCAUGAUGAAACUGAUAAAUUCAAAGUUGAAACUACUGCGAAAAGCAAAGUUUCAAUAAAGAAAAUUGUCCAAGAGAAAUCAUUAGCCAAACUCAUCGGACCAACUGAGUAUGAUAGCUUGGAUGAUGUCGAAUAUGCUGGUGACCUGAGUGAUCCGAUUUAUAGAAAGAAAAAGAAUAUAAAGCAGUGGGACCAUUGGGGCAAAUGGUCAGAAUGUACUGUUACUUGUGGCGUAGGGAAAACUACCAGAUGGAGGCAUUGUGUUUCAGAAGGAUGUGCUCCUGGGGAGAAGGAAGCUCAGAUUAAAACUUGUACCAGAAAGCCGUGUUAA